UGCCUGACGCUUAUCAACGUAGAACGACUAAUCAUCAACAUCAUUAACCAUGCGGUUAGAAGAAAUGUAAUCUUACAAGUUUAUAAGGAUAGUUCUGUAAUGUUUUUAAUUUAAUGGCUCUUACGUAUAUUGCAAGUUUCAAAUCAUCUAUUUUUUUCACGAUAUUAUCACAGUUUUAAUUUGGUUCGGGUAUAGAUAAUAUUGAGUUCAAUCUACUGAUUAAAAGAAAAGGUACAAAUGGAUUCUCCAGCUCCAGCCAUCGGCAUAGAUUUGGGUACGACGUACUCUUGCGUCGGCGUAUUCCAAAAUGGGAAAGUUGAGAUCAUCGCCAACGAUCAAGGUAACAGAAUCACGCCGAGUUAUGUCGCUUUCACUGAUGUUGAAAUUUUGAUUGGCGAUGCAGCUAAGAAUCAGGCAACGAAAAACCGCCAUAAUACAAUUUUCGAUGUGAAGAGAUUAAUGGGUCGAGAAUUUAACGAUGCUGAUGUUCAAGCCGAUACCGGACACUGGCCGUUCGCAGUUACGAGUUGUGAGAACAAGGCAAGAGUAAAAGUCGAAUAUCAAGGUUCCAGAACAUAUUCUCCUGAACAAAUAUCUGCGAUGAUUCUGCAAAAAAUGAAAGAAACUGCCGAAGCUUAUAUCGGUAAACCGGUCGAGAAAGCAGUUAUAACAGUUCCAGCAUAUUACAACGAUUCUCAAAGAGGAGCCACCAUCGAUGCCGCUACAAUAGCCGGUUUAAACGUAUUACGUAUCAUCAAUGAACCAACAGCAGCCGCUAUUGCUUAUGGUUUAGAAAAAAAAAAUUCCGACGCACAAAACGUGCUGAUAUUCGAUCUUGGCGGCGGAACGUUCGAUGUCUCCGUAUUGACCCUUCAAAACGGCGUUUUCGAGGUAAUCUCAACCGCCGGCGAUACUCACUUGGGCGGAGAAGAUUUCGACAACAAAAUGGUCGACUACUUCGUUAAGGAAUUUAAACGUCUGCACAAAAAGGACCUCUUACAAAAUCAGAAGGCUUUAUCUCGCCUUCGAACUAAAUGUGAACAAGCGAAGCGUAUUCUUUCAUCAGCUACUGUAGCAGAAAUCGAACUCGAAUCGCUCGAAGGUGGAAUAGAUUUUUAUAGUUCGAUAACCCGUGCUCGAUUUGAAGGAUUAAACAUUGAACUUUUCGAAAAAACGAUGGAUUUGGUGAAAAAAGCGAUCGAAGAUGCUAAAAUCAAAAAAACGCAAAUCAACGAAGUUGUUCUUGUUGGAGGUUCUAGUCGAAUUCCGAAAAUACAGAGUAUGUUGCGAGAUUUCUUCGGCGGAAAAGAACUGAACAAAUCGAUCAACCCGGACGAAGCUGUAGCCUACGGAGCUGCCAUUCAAGCAGCUAUCUUGAACGGUGACAAAUCAGAUGUGGUAAAAAAUUUACUGCUAUUAGACGUGACGCCAUUGUCGUUGGGUACUGGUGUUACAGUAAAUGAAGAAGUAAUGAUGGACGUGCUUAUUAAACGAAACACACCAGUUCCAGCGAGACAAACGAAAGAAUUUGUUACACUUUACGAUAACCAAGCGGAGGUUUUAAUCGAUGUUUACGAGGGGGAGUAUCCUAAAGCCAAAGAUAAUCACAUGUUAGGUGAAUUUCUUCUGUCUGGAAUCACCCCUGCUCGAGCUCGUAAAGUCGAUAUUGUCGUAACGUUCGAAAUAAACGCUAACGGUAUCUUGAACGUUACCGCCGUCGAACGAUCUACCACCAAUAGUAAACAGAUAACUAUCACAUACAACAACGGUCGUCUGAGUAAAGACGAAAUCAAGAGCAUGAUGAAGGAAGCGGAAAAAUGUCGAGCCAACGAUAAAAAAAAUAAAGACGUAUCUUCCGCCAAAAACGCUUUAGAAUCGUACUGUGUUGAUAUGAAGAGUACCUUGGAAGGUGAAAAAUUGAAAAAUAAAAUUGAUAAAUCAGAUAAAGAGUCGAUGAUCAAGAAAUGCGAUGAAACCUUGCUAUGGAUCAAUUCCAAUAAAUCGAGCGAAAAAGAACCGUUUGAGCAGAAGCAUGAAGAACUACGUAAUGUUUUCGACUUCAUACUUUCGAUAGCCAGGUACGAGGGCGAAAUAAAAGAUAAAUAUCUCGAACUAUUAAACGUUGCACAGGAUGCUUCCAAAAGAGAAAUCAAAAAAGCGCACAGGGACGUUGCAUCUCGUUUCCACCCGGAUAAGUAUCGGGGUGAUAAAGAAAUCGCAAAUCUUUAUUGGUUGACCUACAUGAAGGCACAGGAUACUCUCAUUUCUCUCGUCAAUCCAGCGAAAAGAAGAAAAGUCAAAUAGAUAACUACGCGAGAGUACGAAGGUUUAAUGUAGAAUCCGAAAUUCAACGAUUUUUAUCAACUUCCUUAUAUUUUUAAAAUAAUUUUGAUAUCUUUUCCAUCAUAAAGACGAGUUGAAAAACGAAGAUUUCUGAAAGGGAUACGUUUAAUUUCCCUUGUGAAUUUCUUACACCUUAAUUUUUUUGUAGUAUUUUAUAUUUAAGUGAUGAUUUAAUAAGUGUUAUGGUGCAUGUUAUGAUUUUAUUGUUGUAUCGGUUUUUCUGAAAUUGAAUUGGCGAUAUUUGUGAUAAAUGGAUAUGUAACCUGUCAAGAAGAUUCGUUUUUAAAAAAUAUGGAUGUCAUCUUAUGUUAUAAUUUUUAUUUUAAUAUAUUACUCGUAAUAUUUACAUGUA